AUGUAUAGGGAAAAAUACCAGCCCAAAAUAUUGUCACUCUUGUUGAGCGCGGGCUCUAAGCCCUUAGAAAUAUGGAAAAUGAGAACAAAAAAGGGAUGUGUUAGAAAAGUUUUAGACGAUACAAUAAAAUUAAGUGCUAUAGAAAUAUUGUCUGAAAAUACUUCUGACUCGUACAUAUACACAUCACCAGGAAAAUACAAUUCGCUAGCUAUUAGUUUGCCUAUUCUGGUUUUAAUUGUUAAAAAUAUGAAUAAAUAUUUCUCAUUUAGAAUAAGUGUAAUGGACAACAAAAGGUGCCGAAGGACCUUUCGAAUUUCGAAUUUUCAGACUGUUACAAGGCUUUCAAAUAAAUGGUGUACUAUGCCUAUGGUACUAAACGAAGGAUGGAAUAUUCUCCAAAUAAAUUUAAGUGAUUACACUGAAAAAGCAUUCAAAACAAAAUAUGUUGAAACAAUAGAAUUACAAAUUAAUGCAAGUAUAAGGAUUCGAUGCAUAUAUUUUUGUGAUAGAAUUUAUAAUAAUGAAGAAUUAAAGGAUGAAUUUAAAAUAUUUUCAAAAAAAAAAGAAAAAAUUGUAUAUAUUCCUCCUCAAAAUUUAAUUAAAACAUUAAAAAAAAAAACCAUCAAAAAUGCAGUCAAGGACAAAAUAUCAAACCAAGAAAAUGAAGAAGAACACCAAGAUGAAAAUAAUAUAUCAGAAAUCGAAAAAAUAAAAGACACAUCUUUAGAUCAUGUAGAAGAAGGAGAUUCCACUGUGAAUGUAGAUCAAACAGUGAUGGAAACAGAUCCCACUGAAAAUAAAAUUAAAGAAAGUGAAUCAGAUUUCAAAAGGGAAGAUGAUCAAACUAUUUCAGAAAAUUUUGAAAAAGAAAACAAAACUCAUGAAUAUAUGGAUAUGACUGAAGUUUUAGAAACUUAUACAGAUAAAGUUGAAGAUAUAGAUAUGACUAUUAAAAAUGAUGAAGAUGGUCAUUCUUUAUCAAAAAUAAUUGAACCAUUUGAUGAAGAAGAAAAUAACGAUACCAUGGAUCCAAACAAAACAUUAUUAAUAGAAGGAAAUGAUGAUGAAACAGAUAUUAAUAACUUAACAGAAAUUAAAAACAUUGAAAUGGAUUUGAGCAAUGUCUUAUACGAUGAUCCAAAUUACUACACUUACAAUAAUGACGACAAUUAG